AUGCUGCUUCCUUACGAGCUCGCUGCCUUGAUUUCGUCUCGCUUAUCCGCCCGUGAUAUUUACGAGUGCAUGUUUGUCUGUCAAGCAUGGCAUGCGGCUUUCACCCCUUCGUUGUACAAGCAAAUCAUCAUCCGCCGCGACUCACACGUCCAUCAACGCAUUCUGUCGUCACAGACUGAGCUCGGACGCUGUGUCCAUCAAAUCAUCGUGGAUGACGGUGUCCUCUCCUAUAAAGACAUGCAGCGCCUUCAAAGCAAGUGUCCGAGCCUGGAAGCCAUCCAUUUCCGAUGGUGCACACCGACAAUGCCCAUGUUGAUCAGCCUUUCUCCUGCGACGACCACUACUACAAUGAUGUGCAUGUUAAUGUCAAAUCGAUAUUUUUAUCGCUCGCCUUUACCUUUGCUCUCAGCCAUCCACGGGAACCAUCUCUCACAGCUGUCCUUGGAAUGUCACGAGCCAGCCUCCUGGAAAGAUAUUCCGCCGCCAGCGAGCAACGGCGACAUUGCCGACUUGCUGAAAUACACACCCCAUGUCCAAAACUUAUCGCUCCGUGGAUUCUUUCCUACAUUGCAUAUCCAUCAUCUCGACGCGAUUCAUGUGUGUUGUCCCAACUUGGCCAACUUGGAACUCACAGGUCUUGGUUCCAUUGAAUGCAACGAGACAGAGCUUUUCCGAAUCUCGCACUAUCUACAACGAGAUCAUCAACAACAACUGCAGCAGCAACAGGAUGACGAUGACGUUGAGCUGCGGACAAUGCGUCGAUUUCGACUCGUCUAUCCACACGGAUGGCACUCGCUUUCCACUUGGCUGGAAUAUAUCCUAGUCCGCUACAAACAGCUGGACGUGCUCGAACUAGAAAACACCGGGGCCUUGCCAAUCCAAUUCCAUCCAACCGUCCUUUUCUUUCUCUACAGUGGCAUGCAACUCCCGCGUCAUCUCAGCAAAGUUUCCUUCAUCCAUCUGGGCGCUACCAACAUCCAGCGACUGCACCCACCGCUUGCCCGGCUUCCCCACUUGACCGAUGUCUGUAUUCGCGACCAAGGCAUCCAUUAUUUCUUCAAUUUCGGCGGACUCAUCAGUUGUAUCCGCUACAGCGUCCAGCACCUGUGCAUCCCUUUGCCAGCCUAUGCCACAGCAGGUCAUUACGAACAACUGCAACACUGUCCUUGUCUGACAGAGCUGACAUUGGAAUUGAAUCGACACGAACUGGUUCGGCUUGACCUGGUAUUCAUGAAUUGCAAAAGGCUCAAGCGCCUCACACUGAUGCGUACACAACUGACCAUGGAUAUGGUUGAGCAAUUACGACCGACGGCUUACCUGUACCACACACACGAUCUCUUGCUAGAGAAACUUGCAUUGGUAGAGACUACGAUGGACGGUGAGGAAGCACUCGAUCGACUGCUGACCUAUCUGCAAGAGGUUGUGGAUCUGCAUCUUGUCGAUUGCACCUUGAAGCAUGAUGACAGAAGAGGAUGGGCCGUGUUCAGGCUACCCGAAAGAACGUUCCGGUCCCUCCACAUCGUCAAUGCGCGUAUUUGUUUUGAUGAUUUUGUCAAGCGCAUACCCGGUAUACCGAAUUAUCCCGUGACAUUAUUUGGAUUCAAGCAUGAGAUUGGCAACACAAAGAACAACAACAACAACAACAGUAGUAGUAGUCAUAAACGACGUCGUCGCACACGCAUCCAAUGGUGGGAAGUGCCGGUAGGAUCGCAGACAGAACACAUCCAUCGACUGGAUCCGGAAUAUGAUCCACAUGAAUGCUCAGGCAUUACUCAAGUCUCAGAGCUCGAUGCAGUCUUGAUGGAACAAGUAGCAGAUGAUCCGUACGACCAAGGACGGCUUACUGGGAAAUACAAGCGGUAUGCUCGCAUGAUUACGUUAUCAGGCUUCAUCACCCUUCAUUGCGCUAGGAUCAACGAUUUGCAAUUGAAUCAUCGUAUCAUUCGAUGA